AACAGGUGCUCGUGAUGCUGACGACUCUGGCUGAUCAUGAGAGGAGUACAAUUCUGACAAAACACAGCUGACAUCCUCAUUUAAUCCAUAACAGUCGUCAUGAACCCCCAGGGUUUUUAUUUGAAGGCAAUUAUCAUCGUUCACUUUAUCCUUGUGAUAUGGGCGUCCAUGAUGGAAGGGUACCUGCCCCCGGCCUACUGGGCUAUGAACCUGUUUAUCUUGACCCUGGGAGUGUGGGGCGUGGCAUGUCCUGAGUCAGCUGAUGCUAUCCUCAUGUUUCUGAUUUUACACCUCGUUAGCAUCCUGCAAGACAUCAUCUUCAUAGCCAUACAUCAGCCACUUGGCUAUGAUGUCUUUGAGAGACCCAACAGUAAUAGAGUGUCAGAAUUCCGGUUCUCUACAGGCAUGAGCAUUGUGAAUUUGAUCCUGAAGCCGUUCUCAUCAUUCCUCCUGUACCGUAUUUUCAAGGAGAGGGGUGGAGAAUAUGGUAACAUAAACAUUCCAGGAUUCCCCAACUUUGGCAAUUCACCAACUACAGGAGGGCAGUACGAGAACAUCGACCAACCUGUACCGACCAAUCAGGUGGAUUCUCCUGAUGACCCCUACGGUGACAAGUCUCCAGUCCAUCCCUAGUGGCCCGAGAUCAGAAUAUGUUUCCAGCGUUGUGAUGGAUAAAGGGGAGAUAACUCUACACUUCACUUGAGAAAGAUGGUGAAUGCUAUGGGUUUACGUAUAGUGUUAUCUUGAUUUUAGGAAAUUGGAAAGCAAAAGGUAGAAAUCUGAGACUACCAGUAGAUUUUUUAAAAGAGUUAUUCCUCUAAAUUAGCAUAUAACUGGUUAUUUUUGUGGUAGGCAAUAACACCAGGUUGUUUUUCAAGUACAUGACCGCAAAAUAGCAAAAACAUUCAUUGGCACUUUCUGAUUCUGAAGGAAAGACAGGCUAGUUUGGUAACAAAGCGAGGAGGUAGAGUUAGGCUAGUUUGGUUACAAAGCUAGGAGGUAGAGUUCGGCUAGUUUGGUUACAAAGCUAGGAGGUAGAGUUGGAAAUCACUUUAAAGUUAUGAUCGAUCGUAACAGCCACAUCUACACAAGAUACCCAGCUCACCGGUCAACACCAUGUUUACCAAUAUCAUCAUGUAGCCCUAAAUCCUACUAGUGUUGUUCUGCUAAUUGAUUGAAUCAAUGCUUAAAUGUUUUAUUGCUAUGACUGAUCAGUCAUGAUUUUCUACAUAUGUGAUCAAUCGUCUCAAAUCAACACUAAUAAAUUCCAGGUUACCAUGUAAGAAGCCAAUUUUCAGUCGACAGUACUUGCUUUGUAAAAAAGUUUGACAACUGCUAUUAAAACUACUAAAUAUUGAAAUAGCAAAAUUUAAACUAAACAUUUUUGGAAGCAAAUCUGAGAAAUUUGCAACCACAAAAAUAACCUUUUUUAUUACAUUUUUACCAGUGAAAUAUCGAAAAAUAUUCAAUCUAUAAAAGUGAUAUUUUCACUAGUGAAAAGUGAAAAAUAUCACUUUUUAUGAUUUGACCGAUCAAAUCAUUGCUUACAAAUGACAAUAGGGAAAAUAGACAGCUUAUUUGGUAUAUUUUGCUAUAAAAUGUAAUAAACAGAAUAUCUAACUGUGCUCACUUGUGAAAAAUAUCAAAAUAUUAACCGUACUCGUGAAAUGUUUUUGGUAUUUCUGAAGACACUGUUAGAUAUCCUCUAAAUACGGUAUGUAUGGAUAUUUAUGUAGAGAAACUGGUAUUUGAAUUGUUGAGCAAUGGAAUAUCAUUCAUCUGAUUUUUCUUGUUGAUCUUUUACAAUAAGUUUGAUUUUCUUCUUAACCAUAUAUGGACUUUUUACAUGCAAUGAUACGAGUAGAAAGAUUUAAAAAAAAAAAUAUGUUUCAAAGUACAAGUUUGUUACUUGAAUGAGAGCUUUACAUAAAAUUAUUUAUCAUCCUUAACAAAAUCUAUGUAAAAUUUUGCUGUACACCAACUUCUUUAACCAGAAAUCUGUUCAGCUUGUGAAACUUUAUUUGCAAUAUGGACUUACAUCUAUAGAUUAUACCUGUAUGUUGGCUUCACUCUUUACUUGAUCUUCUUAUCAAAUGGGUUUGAAAUCUUUACAAUAUUAUAAAUCUACGUGCAUAUCCUGUAGUCAUGUAAUCAUUAUUCGUUAACAUUUUUAAUAUAUUUUUAUGCGAGGUAGAAAAGCUUCUGAGUCAGGUUGAGGUUUGCUUAAUAUGAUAUUUUACAUGAUGAACAAUAGCGAUACCUUACCCCAAUACUACUGUACACAAAAUCAUAUUUACAUUGCCAAAUGGCAGGAUUCCUGAUACUGUAUAUAUAUAUAUUGUUGUUUUUAUCUUACAUCAUUUUAACAUUCCAUUUUGUUCUGCUUAUUAUAUAUACAUCAUUAUACAGAAUAUACUUUUAAAUGUAAUACUUUUACUGCUUUAUAUUACCUUUCAACAAUUUUAAAUGCAUGUCAAUUUAUGUUAUGGGAAAUAGUUAAUAUUAGAUAUUGGCCUGAGAGCUAUAGGAAAUAGUUAAUAUUAGAUAUUGGCCGGAGAGCUAUAGGAAAUAGUUAAUAUUAGAUAUUGGCCUGAGAGCUGUGGGAAAUAGUUAAUAUUAGAUAUUGGCCUGAGAGCUAUAGGAAAUAGUUAAUAUUAAAUAUUGGCCUGAGAGCUAUGGGAAAUAGUUAAUAUUAGAUAUUGGCCUGAGAGCUGUGGGAAAUAGUUAAUAUUAGAUAUUGGCCUGAGAGCUAUGGGAAAUAGUUAAUAUUAGAUAUUGGCCUGGGAGCUAUGGGAAAUAGUUAAUAUUAGAUAUUGGCCUGAGAGCUGUGGGAAAUAGUUAAUAUUAAAUAUUGGCCUGAGAGCUAUGGGAAAUAGUUAAUAUUAGAUAUUGGCCUGAGAACUGUGGGGAAUAGUAAAUAUUAGAUAUUGGCCUGAGAGCUAUGGGAAAUAGUUAAUAUUAGAUAUUGGCCUGAGAGCCGUGGGAAAUAGUUAAUAUUAGAUAUUGGCCUGAGAGCUGUGGGAAAUAGUUAAUAUUAGAUAUUGGCCUGAGAGCUAUGGGAAAUAGUUAAUAUUAAAUAUUGGCCUGAGAGCUAUGGGAAAUAGUUAAUAUUAGAUAUUGGCCUGAGAGCUAUAGGAAAUCGUUAAUAUUAGAUAUUGGCCUGAGAGCUAUGGGAAAUAGUUAAUAUUAAAUAUUGGCCUGAGAGCUAUGGGAAAUAGUUAAUAUUAGAUAUUGGCCUGAGAGCUAUAGGAAAUCGUUAAUAUUAGAUAUUGGCCUGAGAGCUAUGGGAAAUAGUUAAUAUUAAAUAUUGGCCUGAGAGCUAUGGGAAAUAGUUAAUAUUAGAUAUUGGCCUGAGAGCUGUGGGAAAUAGUUAAUAUUAGAUAUUGGCCUGAGAGCUGUGGGAAAUAGUUAAUAUUAGAUAUUGGCCUGAGAGCUAUGGGAAAUAGUUAAUAUUAGAUAUUGGCCUGAGAGCUAUGGGAAAUAGUUAAUAUUAAAUAUUGGCCUGAGAGCUGUGGGAAAUAGUUAAUAUUAGAUAUUGGCCUGAGAGCUAUGGGAAAUAGUUAAUAUUAGAUAUUGGCCUGAGAGCUGUGGGAAAUAGUUAAUAUUAGAUAUUGGCCUGAGAGCUAUGGGAAAUAGUUAAUAUUAGAUAUUGGCCUGGGAGCUAUGGGAAAUAGUUAAUAUUAGAUAUUGGCCUGAGAGCUGUGGGAAAUAGUUGUAAGUGAACCAAUAUUAGUAUUUUGUUUAUGCUUUAUAGCACAUUUUCAGACAUUCUGGAGGCCUAGAUUAAGAUUCUCAGGCCCCUGUGGCGGAGUCUGCAGCAGAUGUCUGAUUCAUGUACUACACCAUUAUUUAAUUCUACAACUGUCAGGGUUCUAUAGAAUGUCCUUAUACAUUGGAGUAAAAAUUCUAGGCAAUUCUACACAAUUUUUAAUUAUCCACUGUUUUAUAUGAAGUGAUUAAAAAUUAAAGCCAUAUAGCUUUACAGCUUGUGAUCAAAUGAUUGUGCAAUAUUUCGUAUUUCAGCCAUAUUAUGUAUUUAUUAACACUUGUCCAACGGCCAUUUGUCUAACAAUUUUCACUUGAGCAUUUGAUGCAAUAACAACACACAAAACAUCUGAAUUUCGUAUUUUCAAACUUAAAUUUUCUUCAGGGAAAGUAUAUAUUUCAAUGAGUUAUGCAAAAAUCUUCAGCUUAGUAAUUUUGUUCAUAAAAGAUAUACAAGUAGAGAUUUUAGGGAAGUGUUUUGGUGAGAUGAUUGACUUAUAUACUAUAGGUACGCAAACAUUUAGUGUAAUUUAAGGAAGGGAGAUACUUAUAUACUAUAGGUACGCAAACAUUUAGUGUAAUUUAAGGAAGGGAGAUACUUAUAUACUAUAGGUACGCAAACAUUUAGUGUAAUUGAAGGAAGGGAGAUACUUAUAUACUAUAGGUACGCAAACAUUUAGUGUAAUUUAAGGAAGGGAGAUAACUGCUUUAUGACGUACAUGUGGAUACUCCGUACAUUAUGUCGGGAAGUGUGCUGAUUUCUAAACCUUCAGAUCCCCACUCUAAAGUUUCAGUUAGCUGCUUGAAAGUUUUUGAUAGCUGCUUGAAAGUUUAGAUAGCCACUCAAGUUUUUGAUAUCUGCUCGAAUGUUUUAGAUAGCUGCUUGAAAGUUUUUGAUAGCCCCAACAACUUUUAUGUGUUAUAUUCUGAAUGAUUCAAGCUUUUAUAGUUCACAUUCCACAUAGAGUUGUUAAUACUUUUCAUCCUGUAGUUUAUAAUAUCCAUAAUAUAUAUAAUGACCUUUAAUUAUAUAUACUCAUUAUAUCAAUUAUUGUUAAUUGUGUUUUAAAUUAUCUAUAAUCAUUCCAGAGUGUGGACAGCUGUGUAUACAGUUUAGUGAUAUAUUUGAUCACGUGUGUUUCAUGAUUAAAAACAUUAAACAGUAAAUUGAUUGGAGUCACUAGCUAUUAAAGUAAGUAAAACAUAAAGACAAUGGACAUUUUAUAUAUUAAAAGCACUGAUUAUAAGAAUUGAAACUCAUCGGAAAAAAAAUGAUCACAUGAAGAAUUUUGAGUCAUUCACAAAAGUAAAUGUUGACAAGAAUUUCAAAUGGGAAUUUGAAGUCAUUAGUAAAGCAAUGGUCACAUGAAGUCAUUAAAGUAGCGAUAACCACAAUUUGUAUUUUGUGAUUGUCAUAACGAGAAGAAUACUUUAUGAAAUAUGGGUGAUCAUGUCUUCUAGAUUUACUGAAGCUGUCUGUUUUGAAAGACCAUAGUACAUACAUGUAUAUUAUUAUUAAUCAUAGUGUGAUUUUCAAUGAUGCAAAUGUGUUUGAAAAUGAUUUAUUAAAAGUGAAUAUUUCAGUAUUUAGUGUGUGAGAUUUGUUAAUUUGUUAAUAUGCUGUUGAUUGAUAAAUGAUCUCGUCUGUAUCAAACUGACCAAGUUAUCUGACAUCAAAGGAAAAUUUCAUUAGAUUUCCACAUUGUU